GCUUCUAUUCUAUUCUGGGGAUGUGGACACCCUUGAUAAAUCUCCCUCUCUUCAUAAGGCUUGUCUCGGUCUGCUAAUGACUUGUCCGGAAUGAACACUAAAUGGAUUGUGAUAACAAAGCUACGCUAGGCAGCGUGCUCCGCUCAUGUCUGUUUCCACUGGGCACAGACGUCACAUCAACGUCUAUUCCACGUUGGUUCAACAUAAUAACAUUGAAAACGACUUGGAAACAACGUUGAUUCAACCAGGGUGCCCAGUGGGAUAUAUGGAAUGUCAUCCGUUUUGCUAAUUAAAACUUAAACAGCACUGCGGUUCAGCAGUGAUGGCAUGCGCUCAGGAAGCCUGCUGAUGGGCUUCUCCACACUCAUUGGUAGCUUUAGGACCCCAGGGGAAGGCUGACAAACAGGGCUGCAGGGGCAGAGACAGUUUGCUGUCUGGGAGAGAUGAAAACUUCACUAAUGUCUUAAGUCAGAGCCGUGGGAAAGAUACAGUCAUCUGGUGGCGAUGAACCGUAACGCACGGCGACGGGAAAGAAACUGCGCGACCAGAGAAACUCGACCUGCACUCAACAUUUUCCUUCCUUGGGAGAACAGAUACGUAUCUCUAUCGCUCUUUCUCGCCCCCUCCCUCCACCCUCUCUCAUAGACUUUCUAAGAUACAGCGUCUGAAUUCAGAUGCGGUGCACUUCCAAGGCGAGCAUCAGCAUCACUACAGAGAUUCUGGCUCGGAUAAAAUCGGAAGAGCGCGUUUUCGUCCUCGGUUAUUUUCGAUUCAUCUAGUUGAUUAGACCCCCCCACAAACACACACACACUCCCCAUAUCACCCCAAUACAUCAGUCGUCGGAAUUAUAGCUGCCUCCCUACAGCUCUCCCCUUGGCUUCCCCUUUCUUCAAACCGAACAGAAUUUAUGUGUAUUUGCCGCAUGAGGACGUCCAAGCAUUGGAACUCAGUUGCUGGGGUUGCAGCAAUUCAGCCUGCCGCUUGCUCCGCGCCGGAGACAUGAAUCUACCAUAACGGAAUUCGCGUUCCCUGUCAAAAUCGGAGAAAUCAAAACUGUUUGUUUGCCGCCUCAUGGGGGUUAUAUUUUGUUUCUGCUGGUCAAUAACUGUCGUCAAGUGAAUAGCUGUUAUCGCCAUCGCUUCAAUUCCAAACUGGAGGAGUCGUGAUCAACGGGAAUGAAAUUGAGAAAAUCGUCCGCGGGUUGGAGGACGGGGCUGAGUUUAGGUCGGGAACUACGAGUCUAGAUAUUUCUAACUUUGUGCGCAAGACUUUCUCUUUCUAUAUGGACCGAUCAACAUCACUGGAUAUCGAGGCUCUGAAGAUGACCCAGGAGCAGUACAUCCUCGCGGCCCAGCCCAACACCCUGAGCCAGCGGGUACACCAAGGUGCCCAGGCCUACCCGGUGGGUAUCUACGGCUGGAGGAAGCGCUGCCUCUACUUCUUCAUCCUCCUGCUCCUGGUCACCAUGAUCGUCAACCUGGCGCUCACCAUCUGGAUCCUCAAGGUCAUGAACUUCACCGUGGAUGGAAUGGGUAAUCUUCGUGUAACCAAAGAGGGGAUCAGGCUAGAGGGUGUUUCGGAGUUUCUGCUCCCUCUCUACGUGAAAGAAAUAGAAUCCAGAAGGGACAAUCCUCUGAUCCUGCAGUCAGACAGGAAUGUGACGGUGAACGCAAGAAACAACCUUGGUCAGCUAACAGGACAGCUCACUGUGGGCUCGGAGAUGGUGGAGGCCCAGUGUCAGAGGUUCGAGGUGAGGAGUCCUGACGGGGAGCGGGUGCUCUUCUCCGCUGACGAGAAGGAGAUCAGCAUCGGCACUGAGAAACUGAGGGUGACAGGGAACGAAGGUGUCGUCUUCGGACAUUCAGUAGAGACAUCCCACAUCAGAGCAGAACCUUUCCAGGAUCUCAAGCUGGAGUCUCCCACCAGGACCCUGAGUCUGGAGGCUCCCAGAGGGGUGGAGGUCAACGCCGGGGUGGGCGACUUCAAGGCCACCUGCCGGAAAGACCUGUUGCUCCAGUCGUCAGAAGGAGAGAUCUUUUUAGAUUCCAACACAAUUCGGCUGGGGAACAUUCCUCACGGGACAGCGGCAGACCCGCUGCACGGGGCGCCGGGCACCACGUACCCCAAACAGACUGUGUACGAGCUGUGCGUGUGCCCAAGCGGCAAGCUUUACCUGUCCCCGGCUGAGAAGGGCUCCACCUGCCAGACGACCAGCAACGUGUGUCUGUGGAGCUGAGAGAGGGGGGGCCAGCGGACCGCUGAACACCAGAAAGGCCUUCCCCUCAUUAGGAUCCCAGUCCAGGAUACCAGGACCCCAACAGACCCUGAUCCCCAUCCAUACUGUUCCCCAUCCAUCGAUAUAUUUACUUUCUUUGACAGACAUUCUUCAUUUUCUUUCUUUCUCUGUGGUCACUCUCUCUUUCUCUCUUUCUCAUCUCUCUCUUUCUCAUCUCUCUCUUUCUCUCUUUCUCAUCUCUCUCU